UCAGUCCAUCCUUCCGCCUCCACUUGAGCGCACGCCGUGUCUCACCAUUCUUAGCUCUAGCAUCACUCCGCCAGUCUAUAUAGUCGGGUUUUGGCUAUCGUUUUUCUCCAUUCUCACUCCGACUCCCGCCGUUUCCGCGCGGCGUUCCAGAAAUAGUUGCGCCCACUUGCACCUCUCUUUCUUAUACAUCAGAUUUGAUUUUUUGUCACUUGACGGGUUUCAUUCAUUCAUUGACAGGUUAACUCUUACCAUUCAUUCGUUAGAUUCCAUAAUCCAGCAGCCAGUUGAUUGUCAUUUUGUGAAUUCCUUCUGGCAAUUGGCCGCAUUCGUUUUGGGUUUCAAUAGUUUUCAACCGCGUUUCAACUUAUAGUUCCCUGCGUUUUGUUUUUCAUUUGCAAUUACUUCGGUUGACCAGAGCGAUCAAAAGCGGGCCCUUUAAAAAAUGAAAACGUUUGUUUGUCCAAUGGAGCGAGUCGCGGCUCGGCGUUUGUUGAUAUGUUUCGUGCUGGUUUAUGUGUUGACGACGAUCGAGUGUCUGCCGCUGUUCGACACGGCGGCCGACCCUUCUGCUUCGUCCCCUUCGUCGCCGCUCGUCGAAGACCUCCUUCGUUUGUACAACGUCAGCAACGAAGAUGUCGAAGCCUCCCGCCAAAAGCAGAUCGCCAUCCGCCAUUCCAGCAGUGUCAAUCAUCACAAUUUCCCCACCAACAGCCGCCAGCAUCAACAACACCAUCAGCAUUCAUCGCUGCAUGUUGCUCAUCCGGAAGCGGCGGGCGGAUCUGCGUCCGCUUAUGACGCUCAAAGCAUCAUUAAUCAACGCAACAGAUCAAAUGUGGCUGUUAAUAUGAACAGCAGGUCGGCUCUCCAACGUAAACAAGAGGUGUUCCGAAAUGUUCUUGGUUUUGUUAACCUUAAUGGCCGUCCUCAAGUUCCGUCCAUAUCGGGAGGGACGUCGCCUGGUGCUCCCCCAAUUUCCCCAUUUUUCUCCCCGUUCCAGCGCCCUGAAGCAACAGUCGACCUUCAGGAACGCACUCGUUAUCUGCAACCAUCAUGUGACGGGCCGAAACACGCGGACGAAGAGAUCUGGUCGUCAGGAUCCACUCCACUGUCACUCCAUUUGUUCUUCAACCUAAGCGGGAUCCAAUCUCAGACUCGUGACGGCUUCCAACUGUACGUCACUGGAGCUAAAUUGCGUCUACUUAAAUUCGCUGAGGGAGAGGCGUUUCCUUCAGCCAACUUUGGCCCUGAAAAAGUAGAUGCCAGCUCAGGAUACGCGGGUCUAGAACAACCUCUGCAAACGCUAAAAGCUGCACCGUUCUUUGACCCGCCGUUGCUGCCUUCGGACGAAGAGAAAAUUCGCGUCUCGGUUCAUAAUUAUACUCGCGCUCUCAAACGAAACCGUGCCCAGAAAAAGAAGCUGUUAGACUCUCAAAUGGCAAUGGCUAAAGAAGAGAAUUAUAUGAAGCUGGACAUUAAACUGGCCGCUCGAUGGUGGCUAGCUCCAGGUGGCCGUAACUUUGGGCUCGCGAUAGAAGUCGAAGAUACAGACGGCCAGCGCAAGCCAGUUAGCCGCUUUUUCCGAUCGCGUAACUGCUCUUCUGAAAAUGAAGGUUCCAUCCGAUCCGACGAAAUUUUCGAUCCAACAAACAUCGCUUCGCCCGUUCUUGAGCUGACCGUCAUUGAAAUGCCCGAAGGUAGGAGUGUGUUCGAGUUGCCAUCAAGUGUCAUCAAAGGCCGUUUUGACGAAAUGGAAAGCGCCGGCAGUGAAGAUCUCGACGCAUUGAGUGAAAUACUGGAAGAGCCGACAUCGCGCAAGCAUCGACACCAGCACUCGAGUCGUAUUAUUCACACUUCCCAGGAAGAGCAGGCUGACGAAGCAGUGCUCCGGACAUUGAAGGGCGACGGAGUGUUAGGCGCAGCCACAGUAGGGAAGCACAGGACGUCACAUCGCACAGGCAAUCAACAGGCACCAAACUAUCGUCCGACCUCAUCUGCGGUGCCAACCUUAGCAACUCUAGAAGAUCACGAUCUUUUCCGAGAGACUGAAGAAGAAGAAACGACUCGACCCGAGGCUGACGAGUCACCUAACAUGUCGUGGUCUACCAGAAUUUUUAUGCAGAGAUUGAUGCAACAGCCACCUCAGCAGCAGCAUCAUUCAAAGAUGACACAUUAUCCACGGACUAAUAAAGACAACCGAAAACAUUAGAUAUCUAAAUAACUCCCUUGAUCCACUCGCUUCUAGAAAGGAUGAUUAAAGAACAAAAAGGAUGUAUAGUGGUUAACGUCGUGUAAAAAAUAAAUUCGAAUUUCUGGGGUGGGUAUUCUGCUAUACUAUCAAAGUAAACCCCUACUCCUCGCCUGUCUGAUAUAGAACGUUCCCGUCUUUGCCCAGACCUCUUAUAAUUCAUAUCGCUUAAUCAAUUACCAAAAGUUAAAGUUCAAUGUCAAUCAAAUAUUAACAAAAUAAAAUAAUAAUUAAUAAUAAUAAUAACAAUAAUUUAAAAAAAUAUUAAAAAAAUAAAAGGUUUUAAGUUGUCUGAUUGUAACUAUGGCUAUUAUUGUUUAUGUUACCCGUUCCGUGUAAAUCAAAAUGUUUGUGCCGUACAUAUUAGAUUAACUAGAACUACCAUCUAUGUCCUAGACUAGACUGCAACUGUUUAACAGCCACGGCCAACCAUUCCUUAUUACCUAAUAGGUAUUCUUUCAAUAUUUUGAAACCCAGAUAGUCUCGCGGAUAAUAGAUUAUAAUGCCAAACGCUAUAGGUUACGAUUUGUUUUCUCCAAUAGCCCAUCAUUCACUCAUUAUAUUAUCUUAUUCUCGACAUUCAAUAUCUGAUUCGAUCUUGCUAUUUUGCUAUGCUAUAUAGCGAUAUCGUUCUACCCUAUAAUUGCGCUGUACAGCUGCGCUUCUGUGCCACACUAUUUCACCAUCUCAUCUACACUCGCCACAGCCUUUUCAAAUUUACCAAUUGAUUAGAAAUCGGCUAUGUAUAUAAGUGAAGAAAAUCAUUUGCGCGCAAGGUAUCGCGUGUACUGCCCUAUGCUAAUUUAUAUACAGAAUUAAACAUAAAACGAUUAAAUAAUCCAAAUCGAUAACAAGAAUAUUGGCGCCCCCCUACAUUACGUUAUUGUAAUACUUCAUUCUUAAUUCACAAACCCCUAGUUUUUGUUACUUAUUUGAUAUCGUUGUACGGUAUUUGCAUGUGAAUAAACGUGAAAAACAUA